GGGUUGAGAUCUGAGACCGAUGAAAACAGCUGUACUUGAAGACCCAUAAUGCAUUUCGGCUGGCAUUCUGUUCUGAUUUUCAUGCUUUGCAGUACAUCCACGAUGGCUGCGCGAAAACACUACGCGAUCAUUUAAUAUGCACCCAACUGACAAAGCAGAGGAAAAGGGUACCACGGGACCAGUCUCAAAAUGACCACCGGCUUCAGCUCGAAUUCAUGUCGUUUCGCAGAUUAUUUUGUUAUCUGCGGACUUGACACUGAAAGCGGGCUUGAACCAGAUGAACUGUCCGCUUUAUGCCAGUAUAUAGAGGCUACUAAAUUCAGAGAUGGGGCCAGAGGAUUGGCGAGUGCAGAUGAAGGUGAGAAUUUUGAGCAGAGUCCACUACGGAGAACCUUUAAAUCCAAAGUUCUAGCGCACUACCCAGAGAAUGUAGAGUGGAGUCCCUUUGACCAGGAUGCCGUUGGCAUGCUGUGUAUGCCAAAGGGUCUGGCCUUCCGCACGCAGGCGGACACACGUGAGCCUCAGUUCCACUCCUUCAUCAUCACUCGGGAGGAUGGCUCGCGGACGUACGGCUUUGCCCUCACUUUCUACGAGGAGGUGACCAGCAAGCAGAUCUGCAGCGCCAUGCAGACCCUGUACCACAUGCACAAUGCUGAACAAUACGACAUCCUGCACACCCCCACCACCCCGCGGUGCCCCGAGGACCAGCUCCACCUCCAACCCCACCCUCUCAACCCCCACCCCCAACACACGCUCCUCCCCACGCCCUCCAUCUCCCGGCUGCAGCGCUUCAACUCCUACGACAUCAGCCGCGACACGCUCUACGUGUCCAAGUGCAUCUGCCUCAUCGCGCCCAUGGCCUUCCCCCAGGCCUGCAGGAAGGUGCUCCAGCAGCUCCACCAGGCCGUCUCCUCCCCCCAGCCCCCACCCCUCCCCUUGGAGAGCUACGUCUACAACAUCCUGUACGAGGUGCCCCUGCCUCCCGCCGGGCGCUCCUUGAAGUUCUCGGGGGUGUAUGGGCCAGUGGUGUGCCAGAGGCCCAGCACGGCAGAGCUGCCUCUCUUUGACUUCCCUAUCAGCCAGGUGUUUGAGCUGCUGGGGGUGGAGAACAUCCUCCAGCUGUUUACCUGUGCCCUGUUGGAGAUCCAGAUCCUGCUCUACUCACAGCACUACCAGAGGCUGAUGACUGUGGCCGAGAGCAUCACAGCCUUAAUGUUCCCUUUCCAGUGGCAGCAUGUCUAUGUGCCCAUCCUGCCCGCCUCACUGCUGCACUUCCUGGAUGCCCCAGUGCCCUACCUGAUGGGACUGCACUCCAACGGAGAGGGUGACCGCACCAAACUAGAGCUGCCCCAGGAGGCCAACUUGUGUUUCGUGGACAUCGACAACCACUUCAUUGAGCUGCCAGAGGACCUCCCUCUGUUCCCCAACAAGCUAGAGUUCAUCCAGGAGAUCUCCGAGGUGCUGUUGGCCUUUGGCGUGUCUCCGGAGGGGAACCUGCUCCACAGCCAGGGCCAGGCCAAACACCGGGGCUUCCGCUCCACUGACAUGGUCACAGACAGACGCAACGGCAACCUGGCCAGCUCGCCCCUCAACUCCUACCUGCUGAGGGAGAACGAGACCAUCGCUAGACUGCAGGCCCUGGUCAAGAGGACUGGGGUCAGCCUGGAGAAGUUGGAUGUGAGGGAGGAUGCCAGCAGCAACAAGGACCUGAAGGUGCAGUGUGAUGAGGAGGAGCUGAAGAUGCACCAGCUCAACAUCCAGGUGCGAGAGGUCUUCGCCAACCGCUUCACCCAGAUGUUCGCCGACUACGAGGUGUUUGUCAUCCAGCCCAGCCAGGACAAGGAGUCCUGGUUCAGCAACAGGGACCAGAUGCAGAACUUUGACAAGGCCUCCUUCCUCUCUGACCAGCCUGAGCCCUACCUGCCCUUCCUGUCCCGUUUCCUGGAGACUCAGAUGUUCGCCUCCUUCAUCGAUAGUAAGAUCCUUUGCCAUGAUGAUGAGGACAAGGAACACACGUUGAGGGUGUUUGACUCCCGCGUGGACAAAAUCCGCAUGCUGAACGUGCGCACGCCCACCCUGCGCACCUCCAUGUACCAGACCUGCACCAAUAUCGACGAGGCGGAGAAGGCCAUAGAGAUGCGGGUGGUUAAGAUCGACCACACGGCCCUGCAUCCCCACCUGCUGGAUAUGAAGAUUGGCCAGGGUCGCUACGAACACGGCUUCUUCCCCCGGCUGCAGUCUGACGUGCUCUCCACUGGACCCGUCAGCAACAAAUGGGCGAAGAGGAGUGCUCCAGCACAGUGGAGGAGGAAGGACAGACAGAAACAACACGCUGAGCACCUUUACCUGGACAAUGACCAGAGAGAGCAUGUGGAGUGUCUGUUCCCGGAGCUACAGCUCCUGCUGUUUCUAGACUACUACUGGCUCUCGCAGUCCUUCAGGCCCUGUCUAAAGUCUGUGACUGUGGAUGUGAAAUACAUCCAGGAGGCCAGGAACCUGGGCACUACCAUCCGGCAGCCCAAGCUGUCCAACCUCUCCCCCUCCGUCAUCGCUCAGACCAACUGGAAGUUUGUGGAGGGUCUGCUGAAGGAGUGCAGGAAUAAGACCAAGCGCAUGCUGGUUGAGAAGAUGGGCAGGGAGGCGGUAGAGCUGGGUCAUGGGGAGGUCAGCAUUACAGGCGUGGAGGAGAACACACUUAUCGCCUCCCUCUGUGACCUGCUGGAGAGGAUCUGGAGCCACGGGCUGCAGGUCAAACAGGGUAAAUCUGCCUUGUGGUCCCACCUGCUACAUUAUCAGGAGAGCAAAGAGAAGACGGAUGCAGCACCGGCCGGUUUGGGUCCCCCAGGUCUCAUCCACAACAUAGAGAGACGCAAAUCUGACGCUGGCGCUGCCUUGGCCCCUCUCAAGGUAUCCCUGAUCAGGGACAUGAGACACAUCCAGAACAUUGGUGAGAUCAAGACAGACGUGGGCAAGGCCAGGGCCUGGGUGAGGCUCUCCAUGGAGAAGAAGCUGCUGUCCAGGCACCUCAAAAAGCUGCUGUCUGACCAUGAACUUACAAAGAAACUAUACAAGCGUUAUGCUUUUCUGCGCUGUGACGAUGAGAAAGAGCAGUUCCUGUACCACCUCCUCUCCUUCAACGCUGUGGACUACUUCUGUUUCACCAAUGUCUUCACAACCAUCAUGAUCCCAUACCAUGUUCUGGUGAUUCCCAGUAAGAAACUAGGAGGCUCCAUGUUCACAGCCAACCCCUGGGUGUGUGUGUCUGGGGAGCUGGCUGAGACAGGGGUGCUCCAGGUCCCCAAGCACACUCAGGAGAUCACCUUUGAGUGCCAGAACCUGGGCAAGCUGACCACAGUGCAGAUGGGCCAUGAUAACUCCGGUCUUUAUGCCAAGUGGCUUGUGGAGUAUGUUAUGGUCCGGAAUGAGAUCACAGGUCAUGCUUACAAGUUCCCGUGUGGCCGGUGGCUGGGGAGGGGGGUGGACGAUGGCAGUCUGGAGAGGGUCCUGGUGGGAGAGCUAGUGACACCAAACUCAGAGAAUGAGGACAGAAUGUGUCGCACGCCCCCCAUGCAGCAGUCCCCUGGAAUGAUGAGAAGGUUCGUCACCAUCUCACCAAACAGCAAACCAAAGUUGAACACUAGUCAGAUCCAAGAAGGAGUGGGAGAGGCCAUCAAUGGGAUAGUGAAGCACUUCCACAAGCCAGAGAAGGAGAGGGGCAGUCUGACCCUUCUGCUGUGUGGGGAGUAUGGUCUAGUCUGGGCUUUAGAGCAGGUGUUCCAGCAUGGCUUCAAAUCCCCACGCCUCUUUAAGAAUGUCUUCAUCUGGGACUUCUUAGAAAAGUCACAAGUGUACUUUGAGAGUGCUGAGCAGAGGGAGGUGACUCCAGAUGAGAACUGGCAAACCAGAGUACGCCACUUCUGCCGCUUCAUGCGGGCCAUCAACAGCACAUCUAGGAACAUAGGCAAGGAUGGGAAGUUCCAGAUGCUGGUGUGUCUGGGUGCCAGGGACCAUUUGUUACACCACUGGAUCGCUCUCCUCACAGACUGUCCAAUCACAGUCCAAAUGUACGAGGACACAGCACUGAUAAAGGACCGCUCAUUGGUAAAUUCUCUGAUCAGAGUGCUACAGACUUUGCAGGAGUUCAACAUUACCCUAGAAGCUUCACUUGUCAAAGGGAUCGGUAUCUAGGCUCUCUUUCGUUCAAACCAAUUGGACCUGACUAAGGAAAACUGCUAGGGACCACUAAAGAACAAUUAAACCUUUAUAUGCAGAAAGAUACUUGAACAAUUAAGGGAUGAUUUCUGGCUUAUAUUAAAGCUACUGUUACAUUUGCCAUAUAUUAAGUGCAAUGAGCCUUUCAAAAUGUGUUGUUAUUUUUAUCCUCAACAAUGUUGCUGUUAGAUGUUAAGAAUAUGUUUUCUAUUACGAUCCAUUACUUUCACUUUGUUGAAGAAGAUAACCCACCUGUUGUAUACUACUUUAUUGAAAGUUAAAUAUUUUCAUUGUUAUUGUGAACUGCUGACAAUGGCUAUAUUCUAAAAAGGAAAACAAGGAACAAAAACUGUUAAUAUAUUUUCAGAGAAGAACAGUAUUAUUUUGAUAUGUCUGUCAAGUUGCUUGCUCUGUUCUAAUUCUAACUGUCAUAAUGCAGAGCUUGAGGCAAAUGAUGCAGAAGUAUGCUUUAUAAGUAUGAAUAUGACAUGGUAUAGAUGUUUGUGUAGGGUGGGAAACUGAAUCCUCUACAUCAAUAUGACAGUGUGUAAGUUUGGAUCAAUCCCCCUGGAAGUACUGUAGGAUGCAACUAUUUUAUAUGGAAUAACUUGGCCUAAGAAGAGGCCCCUGAAUAAGAUAAUGUAGCGUAUGCUAGUGAUGCACAAUAUGUAUUCAGUUGGAGAAGUGUCACUAUAAGGCCAUGUCAGUGCUUCACAUUUGACACACAACUCUUCAACAGUACAGUACUCAUCAUAACCAUGGCUUGGUAGAAAGUGAGUCAUUUAUAAAAUGACAGCCUUUGUGUAAAUACCUCUAACCAGUGCAUCCUUCUUUCCAACAACUUCUCAUUAUUCCUCACCUGUUCUGCCCAUUCCUGGCAGGUUUACAACAUCAUGUUUUUUCAGUAGUGAAAAUUGUAUGAGCUGAUUGCCACUUAAAUUAAUAAUGAGUGGUACAUAUGGUUGCUUUAAAAGGUCAGAUUCAAAAUAGAGCAAACAAUUCUCCCAUGAACUGUUGGUAUUUCUGCUAUGCAAUAUUAUCCACAUCACACACAAAAAAUCAACCCAAGAUCUAGAUGAGAAUCAUUGGACCUCCUCCAAUUGUCUUACUGUGCAGCAUAUGAUGAUGAAUAACAACAGCAGUUUGACAGAAGUAGGUGUGAAGGAUAUCUUUCCUGUGCCAACUUCUGAAUUGUGUUGGUUGUACUAUUCCAUUUAUAAUCGACAUGAGCAUCUUGGGAGAUAUAUUUUUGUUUUUCAAUACUGUUGUACAUUUAUUGGCAUAGCCGUAUAAUGUUGUGUUUACUAAGUGAGGAAAUGUGUACAGUGUAAAAAAAUAAAAUUAAGAAUAAAAUUACAGAAAUGCAUUAA